UUAGGUGGCCCAGGAUCCGGCAAGGGAACUCAGUGUGAGAAGAUUGUACAUAAAUAUGGCUACACCCACCUAUCCACUGGGGACCUGCUGAGGGCAGAGGUCAGUUCUGGCUCAGAGAGAGGGAAGAAUUUCCACAAAAUUAUGGAAGGAGGAGGACUCGUGCCUCUGGAAACUAUCCUGGAAAUGCUGAAGGACGCUAUGAUUGCGAAAGCCGAUGUCUCAAAGGGCUUCUUGAUCGAUGGCUACCCUCGGGAAGUGAAGCAAGGCGAAGAAUUUGAGAAGCGGAUUGGGCCUCCCACCCUGCUCUUGUACAUCGAUGCUGGAAAGGAGACAAUGAUCAAACGGCUCCUGGGGCGAGGAAAGACUAGUGGGCGUGCUGAUGACAAUGAAGAGACCAUCACAAAACGCCUGGAGACCUAUUACAAAGCAACUGAACCAGUCAUCAACUUCUACCAACCCAGGGGCAUCAUUAGGAAGAUAAAUGCAGAGGGUACAGUGGAUGAGGUCUUCGCUCAAGUUUGUGCUGCUCUCGAUGCGUUGAACUGAAUGGGGCACUGAAGUGUCUUAACAAUGUCCCUCCUCUCCCUUUGGCCUCUGGAGAAGCCUUUAUCCUCCUGGGCUCACUUUCAGUCAAUCAUGGACAUUGUUACAAAGAAAGCAGCUUCAUUGGUUAAACUGGGAAUCCAAAGGCUUCACAUCUGAAAAUUUGAUUGGGUCCAUUUUUGCAUAUUGUGGUGGCAUUGCAAGUGAUUGGGCGACACACAACUGAACCAUAAAUUUACGUCUUCAAUCAUGGACCACUGAACACCAUCCCUCACUGAAGAGAACGGGAUUCAGUGGCACUGGAGAUCAAUACAACCCUCUGCAACAAGCAGUUGCUUGACCCUGGCUCUCAUUGCUCUGCACCCCCAGCACCUACCUAGUACCAGGAGGGAAAUGGGCGCAGAUAUGCCAUUGCCCUUUUUGUGGUCUCAAUAGAUUAUCUGUCGAGAAGAAUCAAUCACAGUGAAGUACUAAAACUCCUUGCAAGACAUUUUGCUUUGCUGGAGAUUGCAAUCACUUAUGUCUAGUUUCUGUAUUUGACAAUUUCUGCCACUUUAUGGAGCUUCUGAUUUCCCAGUCAUGGUCAAGCCAGUAAUUUAGUCUAAAACUGUCAAACAUGUCAUAGAGAGUGUUAAACUGCCCUAUUUUGUGUGAAGAUUGUUCUGAGUGAACAAUAUCUUGCCACACAACAGUUUUUGACCUGCUGUCUGGAGUGGGCAGCUGGGAUUGAAUCUUUUCCUGUGCUAACCAGUCUUUUUUUAAGGGGUUGGUGGGUGGCAGGGCCAUGAAGGGUGUUCCAGUUUGUAGAUGAUGCCGUUAAAUUUAACCCCAAAUUGUAUAAUGUUCCAUCUAUCCAAACAUCUGAAAUAGUCGUUAUUGCAUGUCAAAUCCAAACUCCAACAACAUUUUAGCUACUCUUGUACAGCUAGUCUUAUUGUCACCUCUUCUUCUUUUUCCAUAUUUUAAAAUCAGUUUGUUUUUGCCUGUUUAAUCUAUUGGUAUCCUUUUCUUUUAAUGAGCUUCAGAGAUCAUUAUUAAGAUAGGUCGCUUCCCACUGUGCUUUUCCCAUUUUAUUUUAAUGUGAGGGAGAUUGUGCCCCUCAUCAGCCCCUCCAAUCUUUAAUAAGAAAAAAAGCUGGCUUCUCAUUGGAAGCAUCAUCCAGCCAAUCCAAAUACCUAACUCGAUGAUUGACAUUGGAUCAGGCCAAUCAUUGGUGUGACAGAAUUGUGGGUGGGGCUUUGCUGAAGGAGCCUGUCUCAGCCAAAACCAGCCAGACAAAUCGGAAAUUGCAGGAGACCAUUCAGCCCAUCAUGCCUGUUCUGCCAUUCAAUGUAAUCUUGGCUGGUCUGUAUCUUCGAUGUGGAGGUGCCGGUGUUGGACUGGGAUGGACAAGGUCAGAAAUCACACGACACCGGGUUAUAGUCCAACAGGUUUAUUAGAAAACACAAGCUUUCCGAG